AUGAAACUACUAAGCAUGACGAUAAUGAUAAAACAGCGGACGCAUUUCACUGCGAGUAUUGCCCCUCGACUGCUUAACUUUGCAGUUGAAAAGCCAGCAUCGUAUUGCGUGAAUGAUAAAGCAUCAACAACCAUAAUUCCAAUUCGAUAUAGUGAUGGAGGCAAGAUGGGACGUAUCGCAAAAAAGAGAUCGUUAGCUAUAUCAGAGAUUGGAAUGAGUAAAGAAUAA